CGCGGGGUGGGGGGCGCCGGGCGAGAAGCGGCGGCCGAGGCCGAGCGGCGGCGGCGGCGGGCGGCGGCAUCAUGGCGGACAGAGACAGCGGCAGCGAGCAGGGCGGCGGCGGCGGCGGCGGGGGCGCGGCGGGCGCCGGGGGGCCGGGCUCGGGCGGCGGCGGCGGCGGCGGGGGCCCGGGCGGCGGCCUGCAGCAUGAGACGCAGGAGCUGGCCUCCAAGCGGGUGGACAUCCAGAACAAGCGCUUCUACCUGGACGUCAAGCAGAACGCCAAGGGCCGCUUCCUCAAGAUCGCCGAGGUGGGGGCGGGCGGCAACAAGAGCCGGCUGACCCUCUCCAUGUCGGUGGCCGUCGAGUUCCGCGACUACCUGGGCGACUUCAUCGAGCACUACGCCCAGCUGGGGCCCAGCCAGCCCCCCGAGCUGGCGCAGGCGGCCGACGAGCCCCGGCGGGCGCUGAAGAGCGAGUUCCUGGUGCGGGAGAACCGCAAGUACUACAUGGAUCUGAAGGAGAACCAGCGCGGGCGCUUCCUCCGCGUCCGCCAGACCGUCAACCGCGGCCCGGGGCUGGGCUCCACGCAGGGCCAGACCAUCGCCCUGCCGGCCCAGGGCCUGAUCGAGUUCCGCGACGCCCUGGCCAAGCUCAUCGACGACUACGGGGUGGAGGAGGAGCCGGCCGAGCUGCCCGAGGGCACCUCCUUGACUGUGGACAACAAGCGCUUCUUCUUCGACGUGGGCUCCAACAAGUACGGCGUCUUCAUGCGGGUGAGCGAGGUGAAGCCCACCUACCGCAACUCCAUCACCGUCCCCUACAAGGUCUGGGCCAAGUUCGGCCACACCUUCUGCAAGUACUCGGACGAGAUGAAGAAGAUCCAGGAGAAGCAGCGGGACAAGCGCGCCGCCGCCGCCGCCGCCCCCCCCGCGGGCGCCGGGGCCGAGCCGCCCCCCGAGGCCGAGGCCGCCGCCGCCGGGCCGCCCGGCGCCCUGCUGCAGGCCGAGGAGCCCGAGGAGGACUGACCGCCCGCCCCCCGGGACGCGGACUGGCCCCGCCGCCCCCGGCGGGAGGGCGGGCAGGCGGCGGGGCGGGGGGCGCGGCGGCCGGGAGCUCCCCCCCCCUGCCCCCCGCGCCGCCGCCGCCGCCUCCCCCCGGCGGCCCCGCCGCCGCCGCCGCCGCCCGCCCGGCGCCCCCCCGCCGCCCGGCAGCAGCGCCUGCGACCCGCCACCCAUCGCUGGAUGUUCCUCCACUUUACCCACCGUAUCAAACAGUAAGCAGCUGCUAAAACAAAACAAAACAAAAAAAACAAAACACACACAAAAAAAAAAGUCAAAAAAAGUAAUAACAUUAUAUAUGAACUGUGUUUCCUACUUGAUUAAAAAUAUAAAGAACUGAGUGUUUAUUUCCCUAAUUAACCGAGAACUUUUGUACACGUUUAAGCUAUUAUUAUUAAAAGUGUUUGCAAAAAUGGUCAAGAUUAUAAUAUUGCUGAAUUAUAUAAAAAAAAAAAGUCCUUUUCAUGUUGAGCUAACAUUUGACUUUAGCACAAAAAAAAAAAAGAGAUAUUUUAGAACACGUAAAAUAAUAUUUUUAGUUUUUUCUUCUCAUUUUGUUACCAAAUUUCGAACCUUACAUGGAGGUUACUAUAGUAUAUUUGACACCCUAUAUACCUGUGAUUAGAGAUGUGUAUAUAUAUAUGAGGGCUAGGCAUGCUGUGUGUCUGAGCUUUGUCUAAAUGUUAUGCAGAAGUUUGUAGAGUUAAAAGGUACGUAGGUUUAAUUCAUGCAAGGUAAACAAUAAGUGCUCUCUUUUAUACAAUAUGCAUUGCAUCUGGACCUUAAACAUAUAAAAAUGGUCAGUGAAACUUCUGUGAACAUGAAGAAAAAUUAUUAAAAAAGGCAUUUAAAUGAAAUUUGCUAACUUGUGAUUUUUACGUUUGAACCAAAGUUAUUCAAAUAGUAAAAAAAAAAAAAAAAAGAAAAGAGGAAAAGGAAAAAAAAAAAGAGAGAGAGAGAAAAAAAAGAAAAGUAAAGAAUUUCCUCCCGUAAUAUUUUUUUCUGCACCUGUUUGGUUUACAACUGAGUAGGCGUAUUGUCAUUAUUGUGUAUAUGAGAUGUACUUGUAUUGUUCAUAAUAUAUUUUUUUUAUUCUGUGUACUUAAAGUACUUAACCUGACGUGCAGCGGUUUCCAGUCAACCUGUUUUUGGACAGCAGGUAGCGAGCCUUUCCGUGUUGCCACUGGCACUAGCACUAUCUCCUCAAUGCGUGAGAGAGGUCCGAACCUACGCUUUGAUCCCCGCCAGUGCCGCUAACUCCUCUAGGCCUGUUAGAAAUCAGUGCGACGCAAUUGCAGAGUAAUCCUACUGAGCCAUGGGGUUCGGCGGUUCGUGCUAAAGCGAAAGCCCGGCCGGUGUGUGUCUGUAACGGAUUUCCAUGUAGCUGUGGUGCUAGUUCUUACUGGCUACAUACCUGGCGAGCCUCGCCGUGCCCAGCCCUCCCCGUCCCAGCCUCCUCGCCGGCGUGCACGCUCGCGGGCUCUACCGAAGCCUAGGCUAGGGAGACGCAGAUUUGUCAGAACACUAAUCUGUCCAGGUGUGUUCUCCAAAUUGAAAUUGUCUGUAAUAAUAAUAAGAAUAAUAAUAGACUUUUACAGGUUGUUUUUGUUGUUUUGGUUUUGUUUUUUUUUUCUUUUAAAAAUUUGGUGUGCUUUUAAUUGACUAACUUCUUGCUGCUGUAUAGUAAAAUAUUAAUAUAUUUUUAUCAUUAAACUGCUGCAUGACUAUCAUCAUUAUGAGUGAAAACGUUAUAAAAAAGAAAAGAUGCCUUAAACAGUGAAAACAAAACUUUUCUUUUCUUUUCUUUUCUUUUCUUUUCUUUUCUUUUCUUUUCUUUUCUUUUCUUUUCUUUUCUUUUCUUUUCUUUUCUUUUCUUUUCUUGGCCAGAAUUCAGUAGACAGCGUUUCAGAGAAACUAGGAUCUUGUUCCACUCGGAAGUUUUUUUGGGAUGCCAUCCUUUUUCUUAACGCUCUUGGCAAAGUUAGCCGUCUGGUAGACCUAGCCGCUGCGCGCAGAAGGCACCACCUGUAUGAGCAGGAGCUGCCAGCGCUUCUUUACUGAUGGUCAAGGAUGGAGUUUUGGAAGGGUGGGGAGAGAGAAGAAAAAAAAAAAAAAAGCUUGUUAUAAAGAAUUUUUAUUUCCUGCUGUCUUUUUAUUUCCAUUUGAAGUUAUAAUUCCCCUUUUCUUUUUUUUUUUUUUAUUAUUUUGAGAUGUACUGUAAGUGUCAAAACAAGCUGUUUCCAUUGUACCGUGCAUUAUUUCCCUUUAAAGAAGUUUGCUGUUAGUGUUCACAGAAAGUUAAAUCCGAGAUGCCGGUAGCGAGGUGUUUCUGUUUCUUUUUAAACAAUCACUGGAAAUGUUUAAAAUUGCUUUAAUGUGCACUUUCCUAUUUCCCAGUAGUAAAAUAAGCUUUCGGAGCGCGUAAUGUGACGUUUGAAAUGGUUCUCAAUUGCAUGUAAACAUUUGUCUGAUAACCUGCUUUUGAAUCGGAGGGUCUGGAUGGGCAGUUCCAUCGAUUAUUGUACUUCAACUGUGAUGUGUGCGGGACUGCAUUCUCCAUGCUGCUAGUCGUAGUUAGGAAAUUAAUUGCUUUGGUUUUGCUACUUGAUUGAUUGUCUCGGUCCUGCUGUUCGCUGCCCUCCCCAAAGUUGUGGCCGCGCUCAGCCGCUCGUGGUUGUCCCCGCGGUCGGUGGCGGGAGGCGAGGAGUGCCCGCCGGUGUCCCCCCCUUGCCCGCCCGGCGUCGGGGAGCACCGCCAGCGAGGCAACCGCGCCGGGGUCUUCCUCGCCCGCGCCCCCGCGUCCUGCCCGGGGUCCGGCUGACUGGGGGAGCGCGGGGGCCGUGUGGUUCCAGUCAGACCAGUAGAGUCUGUGGCAGCCCCGCUGGCAGUCUUGUGAACAGUGUCCGAGAACCUUGUGGUCAGUUUUUGUCUCGUUUUGGGUUUCUUCUGCGUGUUUCGUUGUUUUUUGUCGGGUUUUGUUUUUUUUUUCUUUCUUCUUUUAACGCACGUUGUGUAUGUUCUAGGACUUUAUGAAUGAUGAUAAUGAAAGACUAAAAUGACUGUAAAGGUUCAUGGGAUUUCGCUUCUGGUUUUGUUUGGAUUUAUUUUUUGCUUUUUUUAAAUUUAUUUUUUUUUUUCCCCCCAGAGGUGCUCGGUACUUUACCAAGGCUCUAAUAUCUCAGUAUAUGAAACAAAGUACAGAAAACCCGUUUUAAUGUUAGAAGGAGAAAGGUAUAUUUGACCAUAUGUGUUGUUUUAAAAAAAGACAGUAUGCUCAAAUGUGCCAAGAUAUCUAAUUCCUGAGAAGUAUGCCUUAUAUUUCCGUGAUUAUAUGCUUUUAAAUGUCUUGUAGAAUAGGUCCAAGAGCAUGAUAAAAACUACUUUAUAAUGACUACGUGCAAGAAAACUUGAAAUUCAUUGCAAUACUGACAUUAUUUUAUUUUUAAGUUAAAGGGACACUGUCAAGUAAUUUACCAUUGAAAUACAGCCGCCCUUUGAGUGGGUUUGUGCUAAUGGCAAUUCAAAUCCCAAUUCAAAGUCAUUAUUAUUAUUUUUUGUUUGUUUGUUUUAAAAAACGGUAAAAUCGCUCUGACAAGUUAAAAAAAAAAAAAAAAAAAAAGAGAACGAGCCGCUGUUGAUUCACGCCUCUUCUUUGCGGUCCGGCUGGCGAUGCGGCUGCGAGAGGCGUCCCUGCGGCCGGCCGCCCCGGAGCAGGCGGGACUGGCCGGAGCGUCCUGGAGCGAGCUCCGGGCCGGCAUUGCCAGGGGGGUCUGAGCUGCGGCCAGGCAGGGCCCGCGGGCCACUGGCCAGGAGCUCGGCUGCCCGCGAGCCGCUCAGCUGCCAACCGGGCAUACCCACGGGCGGUGGGGAGAACUUUUUGGAAAAUUCAAUUUGAAAAAAAAAAAGGGAAAAAAAAACCCACAAACAAACCAAAAAAACCCCAACAAAUAAAAAUACUUGACAGUGUCACUUUCUUGCGUAUCCCUCGCAGGGGUUGAAACGUGCCGGGCGCGAUCGCGGCCGCAGCCGGGCGGUGGUGCGGCACAGAGGGGCUGCCCGGGCAGAGACCCCCCCGGUCGCGCGGGGCAGAAACCUGCCGGCCGUUUAACCCCUGCCCAGAGCCGACCGGUAACUUCUCUUUUUUUUUGGGAGCAAUUACUUUGUUGCCUUUAAAAAUAGCACUGUAACCACCUUUUUUUAUGAUUAGCUGUAGUGUAACCUUUGUCCCUUUAAACUAUGCAAGCUAUGAAAUGUAAAUUAGGGAUCAGUUAAAGAUAGUUGAUUAUAUUCAAUCAGAUGGCAUUCGUGCACUAACUGGAUUAUAUACAGAUAAAGCUAUUAGAGUGACUUGUAUGCUAACAGCAAGAUAUAACAUACCUACCUAUUCUAAAAAAAUGACUAUUAAUAUUGUAUAACAGGACUGUGGGGUUGGGAGGGGAUGUUAUCUCUUACCUUCUUAAAAGGGGAUUUAAGAUUUUUAUAACUGUUUUUUCCAUCAAACUUUAAUAUUUUUGUCAAAUUUUUAGGUAUUUAAUUUGUAAAAUAGAUUUUACUUUGUACUGGCGUACAGAAAAUAGGGGUUGAUUUAAACUUUUUUGAAGCCAAGUGAUCAAGUACAUUUGUAAUAAAAAGUCAAUGGAUCUAUAUCAGUCGUACUCACUGUUUUCAUUUCUUGUACGUUCUAAUGCAGUGGCGCUGUAUGUCUCCCAAGGAAAAAAAAUUGGGGAGGUGGGUGGAAGGAGAAGGCAAAAAUGUCAGCGUUGACGCUGCAAAUUGAUGCGACUUUCCGUACGCAAGUGGCCCGUGGUCAGUGGAGAUUUGGUAGAUAUGCAUUUUUGCUAAAAACACAUGCACUUUUUCCAGAAGGGUUUACGAAAACCUGACUUUUUGGCAUGUCUUCACUUCAUGCUUCCACCUUGGUGCCCGUAGACCCUACAGCUGCCCUUUGGGAAGCGCGUUUCCCCGGCACUUACGAAAUACAAAAACCAAACAAAGCGCAAAACUGAUUUCUUCUAAGGUGGUGAACUACGGCAUGUGACGGUUUUGCACCCACACACUUUGUCUCCCUCCCUCAAAGCUCUGCCACUUAUCUUCUUUUCUCUAAGUUCAACAGGUUAAACUUUUUUUUUUUUUUUUUGGUUUCUUAAAGUAUAAUUACCAAGUGUUUUGGAUUGAAGACUUCAGCAGAUCCACUGAGUUUGGAUCCAACACCUUGAGGAGCACUGGCAUAAUUAAUUUUUGUUUGCUUGUUUGCUUUAGACCCAGACCUCCCAUUUCCCUUUCCAGGGCAUAUACCAAAUCUGAUUGACUUCUCUGUGGCAGAAGUUGUGGGAGCUAGAAGUGGAGAAUCCUGACAUUAAUGUACAAGAAUGCUAAAACAGGUUUACUUUUCGGGGGGCUCUCGUGAAACGUGAAAACUCAAAAGUAUAACUAGAACCAAGCAAUUUCCUGGGUUCUGCUAGCCCAGCGGGUAGAAAACGACUCUCUCUUAGGUGAGUUGGAAUGAAGGCAGUGAAAGCAAAUUCGUCCGCAGCUGUGCAAUUUGCUCAUUCAAAAACCUGCUGCUUCUUACUGGCGUGGGUUGCUUUUUGAGAGGUAGGGCUCUGCCUAAAGCGCGGGAGAGUUUCUCUGGUAAAACGACACUGUCGAGACUUUUGCAUUUUGCAUUGCAAAUUUGCAGUCCUGGUUUGCACCUUUUUUUUUUUUUCCUUCUUUCUUCUUUUUUCUUUCUUUCUUUCUGGUUAUUGUUUUGGUUUUUUGUUUUUGCUUUGCUUUUUGUCAGGCUUACCCAAACUUUUCUUUUUUCUUUUCUUACCCCCCUCCUCUGCUGUCUGCCUGUUCCUUGUUAACUCAGAUUGUGUAAUUGAAGGGUUCGUGUUGGUGUUUGGACUAUUUGGAAGAAGAGUCCGGUGCAGUUUUAAGUUCUCGGGCCGAGCUUUGUAUUUUUUCGCACGCGCACUUCUCUCCCCAAAAGGUUUUCUCUUCUUGGCUUUCUUCUAUAACGCGUAAAGAUAGGUGAAAUUUUGGUAGCAGAACAUAGAAGCGGGCUGUACGCAAAGUGUUGUCAAAAUGUUUUGACAAACCCGACAAGGUAAACAAGCGAGUUCCAUUUUUGUGCUUGAUUCCUGCUACUGUUGCCAUCUCCUGUGCCACUCGCAACAAUGGAAGAUAAUUUCAGCCCCAGAGCUUUUUUCAAGCCUGUGGUUCCUUUUACUCUGCUGGCUUGCACGUGAUUUAGCUCGCUGGCAACGCAAAUGUUGCGUGUGGGUUGCGAACAUGGCAAGGAGAUAGGUAUAUAUAGUUUAAAGCUAGUUAAGGUUAAUCUAAACGGACUUUCAAAAUUAUAACCUUUUUUAAAAGCCUGUUUUAACCAGAGCCUAACCUUUGGACCUAAAGUUCAUGGCAUCUUUUUUUUCUCUUAAGUGGGAUCUCUUGUGUUGAAAUUUGUGAGGGUGAUGGCCUGAUGGCCGGGGAAGGAUGCUCCUCUCCUGCAGUCCCUCCGCCAGGGCCGGGCUGCUCUGCUCCCGUGGGCGAUGCCGCGUCCCACUCCCGGGCCACGUGGCCUUGGGUCCGCUCUGGGAGUUUCUCUUAGCCUGCCUAUCCCGCUUUCGUACUUCUUAUCUUUUCAAAGCAUUUCAGUUCCCGAUGGGACAGUGUUUUAGCAGCACUACAGUCUGGGGGAAGGUCAGCCUACGUAGGGGUCUGCAACGCAUCCCACAUGUGGCGAAACACAAGUGGGCCAUGAGGCUUUACGGGGCUGUGCGUUGUUUGUCGUUAAUGCCGGUCUGAACCGCUGUAGGCAGCGGAGAGAUCUAAACACCAAAUCAUCCGUUUUUAGGGGUUCACAGAGUUACUUCUCCAGUGGUAUUCCAGAUGUUUUCUUGCAAUUUGGAUGGCGUAAAAGUUGUUGCUGGAGAAGCAGGUUGGAAGGGAAAGGAAGAGUGGGUUUGCAGGCGCUCCCGCAGGCAGGUAUGGUGUCAUUGUGGCCAACAAAGCCAUUGCCUGAGCUGGCGGCCUCAGGCGGGUACACGCCAGGUGAAGAGAGUUCCUCCUGGGGGAGAAGCUGCCAGCAGUCACAGCAGAGGAGGUGCUGUCUGUCUGGAGGGUGGGAAGAGGCUUUCGGAGCAAGGCGGGAGGGCUGGGCCGGCAGAGGUGGUUGGCCGAGGUGUACCGUGGCCAUCGUUCAAGCGCUUCGGCUCCGGAAUUGGUGUUUGGGGUGGUGGGCAGGGGGUGCCACUUGCAGAGGAGCAUGCGAGAGCCAGAUGCCGGCAGCUCUGGCAGACCCUUCUCCGCAGGCAGCCAAGGGGCGUCGGGCAGCUGGUCCCGGGGGCGCGUGGGGCUGAGCUCCCCGGCCGGGGCGGCUCUGCUGGGCCCCUCUGCGCAGUUCGGUGUCAGUACGGGGCUGAAGCCAGAUGAGCAGUCGUGUUUUUUGGGAGAGUCAGAGCGUGUCACGCCUGCCUCUAUAAAAGUAGUAAACAGUUGCGUAGCCUGUUUGAGGCAAAAUAUCGCAGAAGAGGGAGAGCUGAAUUCAUACGGCAAGGAACGAGGCAUGUUUUCAUGGAAAAACGUCAGCUUGAAAUUAAGUGAGAAAAGAUAAAGAUAGGUGACUCCUGGCCCUGCUGUCUGUCUUUUGAGUGUUGACUGAUGAAAACACGACAGAGCAAAUGGCUGGAUGUCCUGGGACAAUGCUUCACUGUCCCUCUGUGAAUCGAUACUGCUGGCGCUCCUUCACCUGGAGAGGGGAUCCGGUCCAGACCCUUUUGCUCUGGAAGCCACCACCUCCAGCCAAGACGCUGCCCUGCUCAGGCUGGCUGUAGGUUUCGCCUGCGCGUGGGUAUUGUCUUAUUUUGGGUGACCAGGACCCCGCACCGGCCGUCCCCAGGGCCACGGUGGUGUCUGCGGUGGCUUUGCAGCUCAGGUCGGGUGCAUGCGUCUGCAGCGAAGCGCUCUGCUAUCCCUGCAUAAGGUGCCUUGGUUUGAUCGCGGAGCAGUCUCGGAGCACGUGACCUGAUUCGGUUUGGAGUCAACUAAGCCAAAAGACCAGCCCUACCAACCAGUGGGCGUUAGGUCCGUUGGGCUAAGCAAGAGCGCGUGGGGGAGUAAAAUCCCCAAAACACAGAUAAUGUGCCCAUCGGGUCCUGAGCAGUGACUGCUUUGCUGUCGAACUUGGCUCUGGCUGUGCUGAUUGCUCGCGUAGACGUAGCCCUAGAUAAAAGAGGAGACCGCCUGUGUAGAUGGCUGGCCGUUUCUGCAUCUCGUUGUCUUGAGGCUUAGGUUCACAACGUGUGGCGUACUUCUGCUCCUUUCCGGAUCAGACAUCAGCUGGGACUGCUCUUGCUUUGAAUGGGCAUCUUCUUUAUCUCCCCAGCAGGUAACUCGGUCUUAGCUCAUAUAAUUCCUUGGCUUUGCUGGUCAUCAGUUGGUUUGCUCUCCGUCCUGACGUGAGCUUUGCAGAAAUACACACCUUAGCCUUUUCUUAAGCCACGUAGGAGACUGAAGCGAAAAGAGGACUGGCUGCAACGCCGGCACUGGGAGUUUGUGCUGAGCCUUCCUGGCUGUGGUGCAGAAGGGCUUUUUUCUUGAAACACUGUCUUGAAAUAUGCAGGAUGUGAAGAAAAGCUUCAUUCUUUCUAUCGCAGAUCGGUGAGGUGAGAGACUUGAGUUGCACCUGCAGCGGGGAAGGAUGUGCCCCUCUUGGCUAGUGAGACCUUGGAGGGAGGCCGCCGUUGUGGGAGCAGAUCUGCUGCGUGCCGCCGGGAAGCAAAAGUGCAUGCCUUGGAGAGAUUUAGAGAGCUUUUCGGGGGAAAAAUCUCUACACGUUGAGAUGUCAUCCUGGUCAACAUGUUGAUUUGGAUGGAGAGCUUCUUGUAAAGGUGGAUUGCAAAUGGCAUCUGAAUCCCCGCGACCGUGUUGACCCCAAUGGGUUUGGAUUUUGUUCCGGACACGGUGCAGAGACCGUGGGGCAGCCCCCGUGGGUGACCCUCUGGGUGCAAGAGAUGGUGUCUCACUGAUGCGCGGCGGUGGUUUCAGCAGUGAGGUGGCACUGUCGUGCCUGCGGGAAGGUCUGGGAGCUGAGCCUGGGCUGUCAGAGACGUCUCCUCAUCCCACGGACUGAUGUGCCGUUGCUCUAGGGUGGGCCAGCACGGGAAAAGGGCUUUCGGGGCUGGCGUGCGAGGACACACGAGCCGCGGGGUCUCUGCUGCAGGGCCGACCCCCGCCGGCAUGUUUGCAGCUCCUCUGUAUCCCCUGCUGUGCUGGUGCGGCCAGUGCCGAGAUGAAGCAUCAGGCUUCAGACGGCGGCUGGAGGGGACCAAGUCUGUGUAAGAGAUGUCCCUGGGUAAUUUAUAUUGCUGGGAGCUGCGAGUGGAGAAAAUGAGCGGUGGCGGUUUUUUCUGUUGCUGGUGAAUGUCUUGAUGUGCGACUCGAGCUCAAAUCACCAGGCGCUUGUCAUACAUGCGGUGCCCUCCAUCCAGCUGGUACAUUAGCCCUGGUCAGAGGCCGGGGUGGGUUUUGUUCCUCUCACUCCGGGUGGAGAGGCGCGCUCUCACGUGCUAGUGCGCAGGAGAGCGUUUGCGCCUCUUGAGCGGACCUGUCUGGACAGGACGUCUCGGAGCAGCACUGUCAUUUGAAGGUCAGCCGCGUUGAUUGGAGUGUCUUUCUCUCCCCCAGGUUGGGCUUGCUGUAGUGUUUCGCUAGGGAAUAUGUUUUAUUUCUCCAUGGUCCGUCCCGGCUGCACAGCGGUUUGUGAGCGCGAUGCAAGCUGAUGGCUUUACUCUCUGUGGUCUCCUGAGGUUGGGAUCUUGCUUUUCCUGGGCUUGCCUUUUGCUUGGGCGUUUGGCAUGGGCUCAAACCAGCAGCCCCUUGGGAGCGUGCAUCGGCAUGUUGGCGUCAGCUGGACCUCACUCCUCAAAGACUCACCUGGGGAUCAAGAAGUGAGCGCUGGCUUUUCAAGGGCCGGCUCUUCUCUUCUGUCCAGCAGAAGCAGUUCCAGCUGUUUGCCUUCCGGGCAAACCGUGAAGGCUUGCUGCUCUGUCAAUACUUCAAGAAAUGCCGGGGCUAGGAAGGGUGGAUAAAGGAUUUUGUGAAAUCUGGUAUUUAAACCUCCCACUUGAGUGAUGCUGAGGAGAGCUGGCAACGGAGCAUUGGCUCAUCAGGAGCUGUGUGGGCAGGUCAAGUUAAGAAAAAUGUUGUGUGAGCAGCACCAGAGCUGAAGAAGAGAAGCCAGAGUCUUGUCAGUUACAGCAUUAUAAAUGCGAUCAAAAUUUCUUUUUGUUAAGAAGACUCUUAUUUAAAUAAUAAAUGACGGUAGGAUCGCCAUUGCCAGGGGCUGCUGAAGGGCAAACAGGCAGAUCUCUGAGCAAAAUAAGGACGAGAGGCUUUGAAUUAUUUUCUAGCAUUAAUAAUUUUGAACUAAGCACUUGCCAAUUCAUGUAAUUGUCAUCUCUGCUUUCAUGCACUCAAACAGUUUGGUUUGUGGAUAGGUCUUUUGACAGUGCUGUGUUCAUUCGAUCUUUAAAAAGAAAAAAAAAGUUGGCUUGUGAGCUGUAACCGUCAAUAGAAGUCCUGGUAAAUGAGUCCUCGCAGGCUUCUGCAAGGCCAUAUGUAACUUAUCUUGUCCAAUGAAAGUCUCUAAUUGGUGGUUUAAAGUAAUUAAAAAAAGAAUCCGUUAACAGCCAGUCUAUUUUUAGUUUAAAGGUGGACUUUAUAUGGUCAUAAAGUAAAAAUUACAGGAAUCGGAGAACAUUGGCUUAAUUGCACUAGGAGCUGCACACAUGAGUGCAGAGAGGACACACUUUAUGAGCGGUUAUCUUCUGAUAAAAUAUUAUACAGUGCAACAAGUGGAGGUGCUCCAAGCUCCAGAAAGUCUCUUGAGACCAAAGUUGCGGAGCUGGUGGAGAAGAGAUGACAUGAAAUCAUCUGCAGAUGGUCGCGGUCCAUCCUCACCUUGGCCCUGGCUGCUUUGCUGUCAUGGUUUAGGGCCAGAUUGGCCAGUGGGGUGAACAACAGAUGAUCUCCCCCACCUCUCUCUCCAAGGAAACGUAUUUGUGGAAACUCGACUUGCAACUGGAUAGGAUUAAAGGGUCUAUUUAUAAUUUAAUGCUAAAGCCUUGGUUGAGGAGUUGUUCUCUGUUCUGGAGAGACCUCCAGAAGCUGGGGAAGGUUUGGAUGGCAGAGGAUUUGGUUGUGGGAAAUACAGGCUUCGCUCCUGAUGAUUAGGAGAUCCAUCUGACGAGUUGCUUGAGUGGACAAGUAGAUCCUAGAAGAUAUCAGAGUGCUUGGAGCAAGCCUGGGGCUAUCAUCCUUGAAGCUGAGAUACUUGGGAAGCUAAAUUUGGGUUCCUGGGAAGAAGACAGAAUUUAGGACAUGGCAGUACCUCUUCCUAAAGUCCUAAUGCAUGCCUGGGAAAACGGUAGAAAGGAUAUGAUGGGGAGGUGAAGUUAAGAGUCAUGACUUCUCAGUGUGGGCUGGUUUCCACUUCAACUGAAGCGUUCCUAGGCUGGUGGCACAGCAAGUGGACAGGGUUUUGGGAGGAUGGACUGAACACGGUGCUGGUGGAAGGCUGAAGCUGUCAGGACUUGGGCAAAGGCUCUGAACAAGAGCACCGGGAACAAAAACAUGUGCCCAUUUCUCCUGGAGGGCAAGGUGUGACUUUUCAGUGCGGGGUUCCAAGGAGGCUGAGAGCAGACUUGUGGAUGCGGGAAAAGCGACCGGCUGUUGGACUGCAGAUUGGGAUAAGAAAUGGGCAUGUGGUCCAAACAAGAAUAACGUCUGUUUACCAGCACGGAAACAUGAAACAAAAAUAGUUGUUGUAUACUGCUUGGUGGUGUAAAAAGACCUUGGCGUAGCCAGUCUGAUUGAAACGUGGUGGAGGUGAUGAAAAUCAGUAAGAUACUGCAUUACCUGCCAUCAAACUAUACUGAAUAGGCAUGCUAGGUCAUAAAGGUGUGAAGGAACACUAUAUCUAAGAAGUUGCCGUAAAAUCUGAGAGGAAAUUAGAGUAGUGAUGACCCAGCCAAAUUUAUGUUGGAUAUAAACCCCGUAUUUUAAUGGCAUGGAGGUAUUAGGAAAUUUUCUAUUCCAGGCAAGAAGGUGGUUAUGGAUUUCAUGGGGCCUGGGAGAAAAACAGGCUCAUGCGUCUUCAUAAACCUGUAAGAAAAAGUAAAUUCAAUUAUGUCCAUGCUGUCUGGCCAGAUUGUUUGGGAAGGAGCUGGCUAAUAUUUUGAUGAACAAACAUCUUGAUUUACUUAAAGGAUCAUUUCUUGUAACAGCCUGGUGUAGAGUUAGCCUUGAUUUAGGACUAAAAUGUAAGAACUGAUUCAAGAUAUAAUUACUGUUGAGUCACUAAAUAGCAGUGACCACAGUACAAUUACAGGUUCAGCAUCCUCAGGGGUGGAAGGCGCUGGACUGAAAACGAGUCUUGUGUUAUAAAAUAUUGCAGGGGCGAAGAUCAGAAAAAUAAAGUCCUUAGACUUGUCGAGGCAGCGCCAUAGAUACCUGGAAAGGUUACAGAAAUCCAAAUUAGGCAGAGCUCUGUCAUGAAGGAGCUUCAGAGCUGAAGUGGAAAUCAGUUACAAGGUAAAAUAAUUAUAAAGUUAUGAAAUAAAAUAGUUAUAAAGGAAGGGACUUGGUGGAGUCCAGCAAGAUUCCAUCAAAAGACAGAAGCCCAGCUCUUGCAAAGUAGACUGAAAGCGCCGUGCUGUAUGGCAGGUAACCCAUGAUCUGGAAAUUAAGCAGUUUAGGAUGGGCUUUGAAGAGCCGGGGACUUUAGGGAGCAAAUCCUGUCUUAGGCGUAUCAGAGAGAAGGCUGGGGAGGAAAACUGAGCAGGCAGGACUGAAGGCACAGUUAGUUUUCUGCACUACUUCAUGCUACUUGUGUAACUUCUCCGCAUCCUUCCGGAGCACAGAGCACGUUUGAGAGCCUGCUUAUCCAUCACCUAGUCCUUUUGGAUGGUAAAGAUAAGGAGCCUGCCUCUGAAACUCAAGUGCUUGAGGCAGAGACACUGGAGCAAAGUAGUAAAUUCAAGAGGAAGAGCAUCAGGUGUACCUAGGAGUUUGAAAAGAGCUUGCGCCUGAAACACUAAAGUUACUAGCCAAAAUAGGGCUGUUAAAAAAGAGCUUAGUAUUCUCCAUGACUAGAUGACUUCCCAAUGUGAGAUUAUUGUUUUUUUAAUUAAAGUAUUAAAUGGGGCACUGGGAAUUGCAGAUCAGCAAUCCUGGACUCCGGUUUGAGAAGGAGAAAGUACCCUAAGUCUUCAGGAUGUGGUAGGUUGAAAGCAACAUACUUUCUGCAAAGAAAGAGCGUUGGAGUAGGUGGACUUUGAAGGUUCCUUCCAACCCAAAGCAUUCUGUUAUUCUGUGAUCAGUCUUCUUAUCUGGGUAAUCUACCAGAGUCUUUGAACACGUUGACAAACAGCAGGAGGUGGAGAGUCAACUGAUCUUUAUUUGGUUGUUUUAAAACGUUUCUAUCGAGUCCUCCCAAGAAGGUAUUAAAAAAAUAUGCUUGUAAUGAGAGGAGAAAUAUCAUGGAGUCCUUCUUUGGUUGCAGCUGAUGUUGAUCACUUGGGCAGCACAAAGUAGACAAAAAUCUAGUUGGAGAUGGUGACCAAAGGCUUCCAAGCCUGCACCUCGAGUAGAUCUUCAGACUUUGAGCAAAUGAGUUUCCUCUGGAAAACACUGAUUCAUUAAAACCAGGUGUUUUGCCAGGUGGAGAAGGGUUGGUUCUCAUUGAACUUUUCUGGUGAGCACGUCUAGGUCCAGGCUACAAAGACUGGUUGACCGAGGAGGAGAAACAAGCCCAGAAUACUGGGUGGCAUAGCAUCUAGAUUUCUCCUGUCGUGUGACACCCCCAGUUCAAGUUCCUACCCUGAGCUUGACUUUCAGGUCUGCCAGAUCUCAGAGCAUGCCUCAGCAGCGAGUGUUGUGGAUAUGUUCUGUUUUCUUUUGGUUUCACCAAGGCAAAAACCCAAAAGGUUUUGGUCUUGACAAUAGGCAGAAAAAGAAGGAGCGGGGAGAGAGGUCUGGUUGGCAUUUUCCAGGUCUCGCCUAGCUCUGUUCGUGAGGGAGGGUUGUCCACGCGUGUGUGCGGGCACAUGCAGGACUGUGUUACCUCUCUUCCCGAGAGACCUGGGAGGACCCAUAGCUGACUGGUCUGGCCUAGAGCAACCCUUUGCUGCCCGGGCUUAGUUUUAGGCUUCUUAAAAGUCUAGAAGUCGUGGCAAAUACCCGUGCUUCUCCCACCUUCUCUGUCUUCAGUAGAUCAUUGCACCAAAGAGCAAGUGCUUUUGAUAAAUCAUCAGAUUUCGCAAUAGGAGCGGGUUAACUGCAAGGCACCUCAAGGCUUUUGGUUAGAGUUAGCCUUUAAAUAUAAGAACUGGCAACUGAAAGAACAGAAUGGUCGGUUUAUACCGUGACUGAAAAAUCCGGAAGAGCCUGAUAAGCCCUGAUGCCGUGAGCGUGCGGCGGUGGAGGCUGACCCUGGGAAAUGCAAGGCAAUAGGCAGGGGGCAAGGGGGCGGUUUGUAACACCCCAGCAGUAUGGCUAGGCUUUAGGUGAUCAGCUCGGUCAGAAGAAGAGCAUCUGGUGCUGGGCAGCAAAAGCAAAUGAAGUGAAGGUGUAUAGACUGCCGUAGGAAAUAACCGCGUCUUACGGAUUUAGGUGCUAAGGUCCGAGAGGCUGCCGUGCGUGAGCUCUCCUGUAACACAGUUCAUUAGACCCCCAUGGUGUCCCUGUGCUGUUUUCCCUCAGUAAUCUGGUGGUUGUCGGUGGCACAACCUUUGUCCCCUCCCCCUAGAAAUAAUAAUUUCAUUAGACUGCUCACUUCUAGUUAAAUUAUACCAGCUGACUUUGAAGUACUUAAUAUAAAAACGUCGUGGUAUGCUUGCAUGAUAGUUAUUUGAUGUAAGAAAAAAAAAAAAUCUCUUGUGCUCUCUCUUUAGGAAUUUGGGCUUUGAGUUUCAUUAGGGAGUGUUGUACGUACCCAACUGCACGGGAUCAGGCCCAUCUCUUUUUAAAAACAUAUUUCACAUCUGAGAUUAGAAACGUUCUAGAAGACAGAUCGGAAGAUGAAGUUGGCCGUUACAGGCUCAGAUGAUAAUAGUGACUUGUGCAAAGGCUGUCCGUCCACAUAGGAAACUGCACGGCUACUUCUGUUUAACUGCUGUCAAAGGUCUGGCAUUUUGGUAACAGUAUUUUUUUCUAAAUGUACUGAGUAUACUUGCCUUUAAAUCCUGUUAGGUACAGAUAAUUGUCAUUGGUAUUCUGUAAAUUAGCUCUAUACUAGCAUUCACAUUGGACUAGGCUUAACAUUGUGAUUGCCAAAGAUGACUUGAAAAAGGAAAAUUAAUUUAUACCCUUUUAAUGUGGUUCUACCCCAUGUAGGGGGUUGUUUGUAGAAGUAUCAGGAGGGCUACAACUGUCUUCCCCCUGUUGCUUGCCAUGAUUCUCUGCAGGAGAACGUACAGAUUUAAAUCUAUUUUUCCAUCCUUUGGAGACACUGAGAUACUAUCACGGUGAGGGCCACGGAAAUAUCUAGGCAAACCUUGUCCAAUUUUUUUUUUUUCUUCUGCUGUCAGUCAGGUCUCCGAGCUUUUCUUUUUUUUUUUUUUUUUUUUAACGUAAAAAUGUUAAAUUGUUUGAGUAAAAAUCACUUCCCUCAUCUUUCCGGUGCGACAUCCUCUAAUACCGUAGGUCUGUUCGGGCUGGAUUAUUUGUGGUCUUCCAGAAAAAGUAGAUGGAACUGGAAUUACUGAUGCCAAAAAUUGCCCACAGCAAAGGAGGGAAAUCCUUGUUUUUAAGACAAAACCCAUCCGGACCCUUUUCGGACACCCCGCAGCACACCACAAGGGUAUAAAUACCUACUUUUUCUUUUCCAGGUGAUCUUUAAGGCCGGGUAGCGGCGGGCAGGGUCGGUCUGCCUGGGUGGACAGGACGGGGUCCUGCCCUGCAGAUUUGUCCUGCUUCAGCAUCGAACCCGCCGGCUUUUAGGCCGGGCUCUUGUCCUCCAAGUGGAGCUCGGCCCCGGCACCGUCGGCCGCGGGGGUGCCGUGCCCUUGGGCCACCCGCGUGUCGGCAGGUACCGAGAGCCGGCACCUCCACGGGUGACGCUGCCGCGCACUGCCCAGCCACGGGGUCUGCGUUUAGGGAGCCGCGUGCGGUGGGCUUUCACCCUGUCCUCGAUGCUGAUCCCCAGGGCAGGAGAGUUAGGACUUUCUCAGUUAAAGAAAAAACAAAAAGUGAUGCAAAAUCUCCGGAGAGUGGUGUUCCCCCGUGACAGCGACGGCCGUUCGCCACCCGCUUCUGUUCAGCCAUGCCCCCUGGUUCGGUUCUGCUGGGUUUUUAGCCAUCUUGACCUCAUGUUUGCAAAUAUUAUUGGUAAUAUAAUGCUCUAUGUACAAAUGUCUGUGUGGUUCAUGUGUAUGUUUCUGUGGUUCGAGUCAGCCACAGACUUCUGGAAUUUCAUUGUACUUUGGUUAAAUGUUGGACUUUUAACUCUUCUACUGUAUGGCUUCUUGAUUUCUCUUGUCCAAUGUGGACCAACUCUAUUUUUGGAAAUAAAUAAGCAUGUAAAUAAAAUGAAUGGGUUUAUGCCACUUACAAGAAAAUGCUUUCUUUAAAAUGUACACUCAGUCUUGUAUAUUUUAUGGUAUCUCAGGGAGCGGACGAGGCUCAGGCACCAGCAGCCUUGGUGAUGAGAUACCAUAUUAUGUACAAAUUCAUUUCCAAGUGGUUUCAGAAGAAGACUUUCCAUCUCCUGAGCCAAACCCCUGUAGGACCAGCCUUGUGGAGGAGGUGGGGGGGUGUGUGUGGCGUGGUGUAAAUCCAGAAAGAAGCGCAUAGUUUAAGGGGAGUAAAGGAAAGAAACACAACUUUCCUCUCAACACAAGGCUUCUGGUUUGAGGUGUCCAGGUGCCAAAGAUGCCGCCGAGUGUAGGGAUGCCGCGGGGCAGCUCUUGGCUCCUGCCCAGCAGCACGAUGACGACUUCUUUUUUUUUUUUUUUUUUUUUUUUUAAAAACUUCUCCAUAUAAACCAAUAUUUACCAGUAAUCCUGUGUUUCUGUUUUUGUUUUUUGGCAGACUUUUACCAGUAAAUAUCGGUUUAUUCCUGAAACCAGAAGCCCUAAACAUACCUUUGUUUCUAAGGUCAGUUGUCAUUUUGUCUCUCUCAUUCCCCGCUCCCCCCCAGUACGACCCGGCAGGUGAUUGAAAGGUACCGAGUUUUCUUUCUAGUUUUCCUGCUCUGCAUCUCUGGGAACUGGAGCCUGCAGGACCUAGAGCCUUCUGUUGGUAACGUAGACCCAAGUUUACAAAUUAUUCUUGUACCAUUUUAAAGCCUGCUUUUAAGGACAGAAGUGUUCCCGGCUGCCCGCUGCGGGAACUGGUAGAAACCCCUGCAAAUGUAUAAAUUGCAUCAUCUCACUGAAGCCCGUGGGUAGGUCACUCACGAGCAACUUCAGGCUUGGGGCUGAGAAAGUGAUUUCUCCAAAAAUAUACACGAAAAAAUACCAUUUCUGUUUUACGGUGGGGGAGGGAAGGGCGGGAAAGGAAUUUGAAUUAUUUAUUUUUUUCCCCUAGUUUUUUCUGAUUUCUAAUUUACUGCUAGAAAGCAAGUAUGACGUGGGGAGGAGGGAGAGAAUUUGGACGUUCCCCUUCCUAACCUGCUGGUAAACUCUUCCUCCGAGGCUGGGAGAACGGGCCGGUGAAAGGUCUCAUCCUUAAAACGAUGUUACUAGGUGUCUGGGACCCCAAAAAGCGCAGUCGGCGCUUUUUAAUGACAGGAAUCUCUUUAGGUCAUUUUUUUCAGAGUUUUGGUUUAUACCAAGACGAAUGAACUCGGGAGCGUUGAAGCCUCCUUUUUUUUUUUUUUCCCCCCGCGAGUGUUUGCAACCCAAACACAACAGCAUUAUGCUAAUACUCAAGAAAACGGAGAAGCUGGCGAGGAAUAGAAAAUGAGUCGGCUGCACGGUCCCAGCCAAUUUUUUUCUCCCAAGCGAACAAAACGCAGAAAAAAAAAAAAAAAAAAAAAAAAUCCAAAAAAAUGAAAAAUGCAACCUCCCGAAAAAGCAAGCCAAAGGGGAUCUCAAAUGCCUCGUCCGGGUUUGUAGCACGUGGUUGGCAGGAGUGGUUUUGGCAUAGCUGCGACCUAACCGUGUCCCUUUACGGAGCACCAAGGGCUCAUUUCCCCCUAACGAACCCGAAAGCCGAGGUUUUUGCGGUUUUGGGGCGCAGAUCGGAGCUCCUGCAGCCUUAGUUGGAGUCCAGAAUGAGGGGAGCCCUUCCAGCUGUGCACUUUGAGCUGAAAACUACCUUUCCUCCCCUUUUGCAGCCUGGGUGGUUCUGAUUGCUGGCAGUUCUGUAACACAACUUUAAUCUGAGCAAUUGAGGCUGGUCCUACAUUACCUUCAGACGUCUUGCGGAGGACUCCUGUUACCAGUUUGGUACUCAAAAGCUACACCCCACCAUCAGAAGUCACUUGGUUUUUUUGGUUUUUUUCCUUUUUUUUCCCAAAGGCAGUGAUAGAUGACCCUCUUUAGCUCUAAUGGAAAAAUAAUGCUAAUUGCAAUGCAACUUUCUAAGAAAUUGUUCAUAUAUUCAUAAUUCCGUUGCAAUCCCAAAUUGGAGAAGAGAUGUGUUAAAGCCUGAUGGUGUCCCUUUAACAGCAUAAAGAUGUUCACGUUCUCUGAAAAACCAUUAGAAGUGAUUUCCUUUUUAAGGCAAGGGAGAAUUUGUCUGUAAUUUGUUUGCAACGUAACUCGCGUAAAAAUACCAAAAAGAUAUCAAGGGUUUUCACGGGAGUUGGUAUUUUUUCAAGUGUAAAAGUUAAUCUUUAUUAGAGAUGUGCCAAUCUAUACUGCUUUAUUGUAGUGUUGUUACACUUAGGCAUUUCAGUUAACUUACGAAUAUAUACUGUAACAGUAUACUUUGUACAGAUUUAUUUAAAAUUUAUUUGAAAACUGAAAUAAAGUAGGCAGAAAAUAAAGAUAUUUAUUUUUCAUUUGACUAUGUAAGAAGGUAUCAUUCUUUUGGUUUUAGUGCACUGGUGUACCAAGCCUCAGAACCACUGCUUUCUCCAGCUCAUAGGAUGCUUUUCCGAGACUGUGGAUACGUGUAUGUGUACCGCUGUGUUGAUAAGUAAAUGCCAACGAUGGAGUUCGUUGCUUUUAUACAUCCCAAAGAGAAGUUCUCCACCCUUCAUUUUCUGUUUUCUGACCAAAAAAGGCCUGUGGUUGUGAACAGUGUUCACGCGAGUUCUGCCAUCCCACUCUCCCAUCAGCUUAUACCAAUGCCAGGACGGGAGGAUUUGCCUGCGUACCUUCCCCAAAACGCCCUGGUCCGCGGUGGCACCGGCAGGGAGCAGGUCAAACGCGUGUCCUUUGGGCUUUGUGUAAAGCAAACACAGAACAAGAAAAAUCAAGAUGUUAAAUCCAUUAGAAAACAAAUUCCUUAUUGUACAGUAGUAAUGGAGAUCUCUAGUCAACCUGCCAUUAAUAAUAGAUUCUUAUUUUUUGAAUGAUCUAUUUAAAAGAACAGCAAGCAUUGUAUUUGCUAGUAAAUCUGAAGUGUUUACAUGGAAUUACUAAAUAAAUUAUUUGAUCUAAGACGGC